CAACCUUCUGUUUGUUUACAUUCAUCGUGAGAGCGGCCCAAAAAUAACGGAAAGAAUCGUAAUUCUGAAUGAAGUCGUCCACAUAACUGUAAUUAGCGUAUCCAAUUUCAAAUUCUUGAUAGAUGUAACAGAACACCAAGUGCCUUUCCAUGGAUCGACCCUCUGACCAGCUCGUUAUCGCACUGCACAUUUUGGACGCCAUCAACUUCCACCGGCCGAAAAACACCCCGAUCCUGUUCAGCGCCUCACUGGACCGGAAUGUGCUGGAAACGGAUUGUCGCCUUCCGGGCAUUGCUUCCACCAGCUUCGACAGCAAUCUGGUCUGGGAAACGGAUCGCCGCUCGGUCAAACGGAUGAAAACCGAAAAUCUGCCCAUCAAGCUGGAAUGUUACGAGGUGGAUGUUCCGGCCGCUGAACAACAGCCGUUGCAACGGACACUUAUUGGACACUUGGUCCUACCGUUGAGGUCAGUUCCCUUGCUCGCUUCGGCCAAGGCGGACAGCGUAAAAGCACGGUGGUUUCGGAUCAUAGGAUUAUCCACUCCAGAGUGGAAAAGCCACAAACCGGAAGUCCAACUGACCGUGGUCAUAACGGAUAGAGAGUAUUUGAACCCCGUUCGGCGGAAGGGGCAAGAUUCCGAGAAGGAACCAGACCGUAGUUUGGUCAUUUUCACCAAUCCGGAACCGUCACGGUUGGGAUCCGGCGAGGGACUUCCGAUUCGAUUGUUGGAAGAGCGGGGGCUUCUGCAAGUGGGAUCCCAUGAGCAGGAGUGCGACCUUUUCCUGGUCAAGAUAAUCCUAAAGUAUGCCAAACAGCUGCGGAGAUUGGUUCCGGAAGGGGAGAUGGGUGGCUUCCAGAUGCGGUACGAUUUGCUGGGCGAUAGCUAUCCGUGUUCGCUGGAGCGACGGUCGAAUGGGACGAUAGCCAUUCAGGAGAAGAUUGUCAUCAAUUUUAGGACGUCGUUGCAUUCGCUGAAGAGAUAUUUUGAGGAAGUGUUUGUCGUCCGGUUGGAAGUGCUGUACGAUGGGAACGUGAUAGGUCGUUGCUACUUCCGGUUCGGUGAUAUGAUACGAGAUGAACCACUAUCAGAGUUUCUGAGCAGGCAUCAUGAGUCUUCUACUCAGGAGGUUGAGAAAUUCUUCCCAAUCGAACCCGCAGCUUCCAAACAUGAGGAUAAACGCGAUGUAGAUGAAAUUUCGGAUCGAUCCUCAACUGUAGUUCCGGCUAUCAAAUGCAAAUUCAGCCUUAGGUACCUUUCUUCCGAUCGUGCUAAACUCGUUUCGGAACCCAGCCGAGAAAAGAUAGAAUCAGCUCCGGUAGAUGAUCUUCCUCUUGUGGAAAUUCCAGAGGUUCCUUCCAUUCCAUCGAUAAAUCUCAACCAGACACGACAACUUCCGGUUGCGCCCACAACCCCACCUGAGAAAACGGACAUCGAUUCGAUUCUGCAUUGCGAGGAUCGCGAUCUCAGAGACAUCCCGCGCACCUUCAGCUACAACCUAUUGCUUCAAAGCGUGAAGUUCGCCCAUAGGCCACCACCCGGUCUCUGGCAGCUGUCUCUGUACCAUCCGCGAGCGGACACUCCCUUCACCAAGCUGACCAUGGAGGUGGACUCGAUCGAAUCGGAAACCGUGGAGUUUCCGAACCUUCAGCUGCAGUUGUACUUCUCGUCGCUUCCGGAUCGAGUGCUGACAACGAUCACCGCUGAGUGUUCAAAACUGACCGUGAACGGUCCGCACGGAUUGUUCGGAUUUGCCCGGUUGGAUAAUCAAAGUCUGGUCGUUGGAACCAAGGAGAAGCAGGCUGGUGUGCUGAUUCUGGAGAACCAAACUGGCGAGAGCAUUGGAAUGGCGACCGUGUUCAGCUUCCUCGAUGAAGUGGGGAUAAACUUCAACAGUCGAACUCCGAAUGGAGGGCCGGAAGUGGCGGUGUCCGAGCAAGCCUUUAGAGGUCAACUGGACGAUCAGUUGUCGUACAAAAUGUUGGAGGAACUGAAACAAUGGAUGGUGGAACAGAAGCAGCAGUUUCUGAUCGAGCUCAAGCAGAAGGAGGUUGCGCAUCUGACGAAAUUGACCGCCGAGUGGAAGCGGAAGCAAGCCAAGGAAAAAGAGUUUCAGGAAUUAUCGCAACGAUUAGAGUACGCCUCCGCUUUAACGGCCGCCCUCGAGGAGACGAAAAAGAAUCUCGCCCUUCAAACUGCAGAACGCGCCAACCAGGACAAGUCACAGGAAGAGCUUCGCGCCAAAUUGGAGCGAUCCCAUCAGCAACAGCUCGCCGACAUUCGCGAGAAAACCACCCGCCUGGAAGAGGACUUGAACCAUCGAACCAAACUGCAGAAACUACGCUGCCAGGAGCUGGAGGAACGAAACGAUUCCUUAGUUCGGGAUAACGAUGUGCUGAGACGUGCCAACGAGCAACUGGAGCAACGAUUUUUGGAAAUGAAAAACGAACUUCGAGAAACGGUAGGGCACCGAACGGAACUUGAGCGACGAUUUCAGGAGGUGGAGAAAUCGAAGCUCUUCUACAAGCAACAGUGGGCCAAAAUGAUUCGGGAGAUGCACAAGACAAAGCUGGAAGACGAGCAGAAGCUGGGUGAUUUGAUCCAAGGCAAGGAGUGUAAGCCGCAUAAGAAGAGUUCGUGGUGGAAUGAUGAGGGCGUGGGGGACGGCAGUUGUAGUGCCGCUAAGGAACAGCGAGAGCUGGACACGGUGCAUGGAUUACUGUUUCAGCAUUCGAAUUCGCAGCGUCAUCACCCUCAUCAGUGCUGUGCGAAGAGUUGGGAUGGGUGACAUGACCAGACGGUUGUAUGAAUUGUAUAAAGACUGAUUGAUGUAUAUUUUAGAAGUAAUUUAUUUAUGUAAAUUAUUUUAUAGUUACAUUUUUUAAUCGCAAAAAAAAUAUACUCUGUU